AGCUUCGAAAAUAAACCAUUUUCUCAUGACCAAUUCGAAAGUUCCUCUGUUCUUCAUCUCGAUCCAGAAAUAUCGUAUGGAAGAUAAAAGGAUGAAUUAUUAAUGCCGACAUUUUUAAAAGCAAUGCUCCAUAGCUGGCUGGGGCGUCGUUUGAUAGGUGGCGUACACGUUGAAAACAUGGAUACAGAUGACAAUUGAUGUUAAGUCGUUCGGAGACUGUCGAUCGAUCGAAGGGUAAAGGAAAAUAUAAACAAUGGAUAUUUCGGUUUCAUUUGACUGUAUCGAUUCCAUCACAGCAGAGCGAUCAUUUAUAAAAUAAUGUAGAGUGACAGCUUCGGUAAGAAAUAUAUCGCGAUUGGAUGCCUGAGAUUCGUGAAUGCAUUACGUUUCACAAAUAUAUGUAUGUAAGUAUAGAUUUCAUAAUGCUGGUGGUGGAAACGAUUUAUGGACUAUAAAACUAACAGCCGUCCGGAAAAUGCAGUUUUCGGAAACACGAUCCGGAUAACAAAAGUCUUCCAUUCGGAACAGUGGGCACUCCGGAGAUCGAGAGAACACGCGAGACAAAUUAUACAUGUAUAACGUCGAACGGCGGAACCAGAGGAAAAAUUCAAUAUUUUGUCAUAUGGCGGAGAAGUUUGAGGAUUGCAAUUUUAAACCGCUAUUAUAUUUCACGCUCGUGUGACUGUGAUGUAUUGUAAAAUCCAAAACCCUCUUCCUGUCUCUCUGCUGGAAAUUAUUUGCAAUAAUACAAAGGAUGCAUAUCCGCUUAUUCGAUUUCUGUCCGGAAAAUGAGGAGGAUUGGAAUAUUAUAUCUAUCAAUAGGUAACAAAUUCUAAUCUAUUUUAAUUUGAUAAUAUAAUACAGUGAUGGUGAACUAUUUCUGAAAUGAGUUCUACAAGGGAAAAUCCCGGUAUUCCACUAGUGGGAUUAAAUGGAAAACUCAAGAAAUAUAAAACGCUGGAAAAUGAGGCAGGGGACUCACCCCCGGGCCGAUUUGAGACGGUGGGUAGCAGACUCGCCAGACGCAAAGAACUGUUCGUCAAAAGGAAGCGUUCAAGUGACGUGGCUUUGAUCUUUGCUCUGUUUGGCAUCCUGUUAAUGGUAACACAGACGGAACUGACGGCCGCCAAAGUCUACCACCGGUCCUCCCUCCCCUCCCACCUAAUGAAGAUGGCGAUCACUGCCUCCACGGUGGCGCUGCUGAUUUUCCUGGGGAUAUACCACCGGUUGGACAUCCAGCUCUUCAUCGUUAACAAUUGCGUGGAUGACUGGAGAAUACCGUUGACCGCGCGGAGAAUUAUACAGAUUACGUUCGAAAUCAUCGUGUGUUCCAUCCAUCCAAUUCCAGGCGAUUUCGACACCACUUGGCCCGCCACUGUGGCUGAAGGGGAGCACUACCGCAAGCUUCGUGUUCCCCUAGACACUAUUCUUGCGCUACCGAUGUUUCUACGACUGUUCCUCGUGUGUCGGUUCAUAAUGCUACACAGCAAACUGUACGAAGACGCUUCGUCGCAGAGUCUUGGAGCUCUGAACCGAAUCCACUUCAAUUUCAGGUUUAUAUUCAAGUCCCUCAUGACUAUGUACCCUGACUAUGUGCUAACUAUUAUCAUGAUUGUGUCCUUUUUAAUAGCAAGCUGGGUGCUGCGGUUGUGUGAGAUGAGCGACACCGCGGAUGAAUCUGUGCAUUCGAAUUUGCUCAACACAAUGUGGCUGGUGGCGAUUACGUUUCUUUCCGUAGGAUAUGGGGACAUAAAGCCGAGUACCUACUGCGGGAGGGGCAUUGCCGUGAUCACGGGUAUGAUGGGGGCGGGAUGCACUGCUCUGGUCGUAGCAGUCUUAGCCAGAAAACUAGAGCUUAGUCGCAGCGAGAAGUACGUCCACGACUUUGUUCUCGACGUCAACCUCGACAAGAGACUGAAAAACGAGGCCGCCAACGUGAUGAAAUCCGGCUGGUUCAUCUAUAAGUUUCGCAAACUUAAGGCAAAUUCUUCCAUGGCGCUGUCUUACCAGACAAAGUUGCUGGAGGCUAUUUAUAACAUUCGCCAAAUCAAAGCUGCACAACGACGUCUUGUGGAUGCCUCCAUUACUAUGACGGAGGUAAACAAAACUCAGAACGAGGCAAGUAGGUCAAUAGAGAUUAUCCGGUGUAAACAGCUAACUUUGGAGGAAAAAGUGGAUAAUCUAGAGUCCAAAAUCAUGUCCCUUCAUGACAAGAUUAACGCUAUUCUAAAAAUUUUGAAAGAAUGAUGGUACAUGUAUAAUCACACGUUCAUUGUGCGAUUUUUUUUUUAUACAAAUGCUUCUUUAGAUAUAAAACUCAAUGCUUUAAACGCCUAACACCACAUUUAGAGAGAAUGUAGAGAGUGGAGAUUGGAGCACAGAUUCUAGCUUUAGUGUAUUGUGGUGGUGUGUAUAGAAAUGUGAAAAUAGCUCAAAAGCUAGACUAGGUUAGGAUUUUGUUUUGGUAUUUUCCUUGUUAACAUGCAGAUGUGAAAAGUGUAGAGAGCCAUGAGAUAUAAAUAAUUAAGAAAGAUUUGUACAAGAUAUGUUAUUCUGAAUUAAACUACAAGUUAAAAAUGUUUAAUAA